AUGGAUCCAUUGGUCAACCAAGGGUGGACCUCAUCAGAGGAAGAGGAGGCAAGGUCACUCAUUGUUGGGCACAACAGCCACACAAUCGUGUAUGAUGACAAGAACAAGAGGCACAACAACAUCGUGGAUGCUCUCCAUGAAUUAUUCCCUUCAAAGACAAGGCAGCAGGUAACAGAUCUUUAUGUCAAUCUCGCCGUGGAAUCGUAUAUGAUGCAUUCGAGGGAGGAGAGACAUGUUGUUGGUGGCAACACACAUAGUGUUGGCCCCAUUAACCUAGUGAACAAUAACUUUGGGGUGUCGGGUCAGGAGAUUGGUGCUAGCAACAUAUGUGGCAUCAAUACCAUGGGUGACCAUGUGAUUGACGGCUAUGCGGUACGAGAGGAGGAGGAAGCAGCAACCAUGAAUGAUAAUGAAUUGAUAUUUGGUCAUGCAUUGGAGGAUACGAGGAUCACCGAGACGAAGGAAGCACCAUUGAUGGUAGACAAGAACAAGAUGCAGAUUUUGGAGAACAAUAUUACUAGUGAUCAACUAGUUGUUCCCCCACGCCAAGGGAGGUUUUGGACCAUCGACGAACACAAGUUGUUUCUCCGUGGGCUAGGUGUCUACGGUCGUGGUGACUGGAAAAACAUAUCCAAGCACUUUGUCACUACUAAAACUCAUGUUCAAGUCUCAAGCCAUGCACAAAAGUACUUUAGGAGGCUACAUAAAAGAGCCUCGUUUGGGACGCAACGUUAUAGCAUCAACGAUGUUAGGCUACAUGAUGAGGACCCAUGGUCGAUGAAUAAUAGUUCUGGUCCCUUGCAAAUGCUUGGUUCUACCGGUCUCAACAAUGAAACAAGCUUCGGGUUGCAGGCUCCGAUAAGCUCAUCCAUAGUCAUGAACAACCAGCCUCAGUUAUGGCCACCUUUCAUAUAUAGUCACCAAAUAAAUCAGCAGCCAGUGUGGAGUGAGCAUCAUAUGUUGGGGUCAACUGGAGUUGUAACGGAUGGCAUAGGAAAUUCUGCUCCUCCAUGUCAACAAGGAUCGACUUGUUUUCCUCUUGGCAAUGUAUGA